GAACGAAGCAGACACAUUGGGUCAAUGACCACAUUAAACUCCUUGGGUCAAUGGCCCUUUGAUACCACCGAUUCGGUCAAUGAACCACAUGCUACACCUCAAAAUGUAGGUCAGUUACCUAAUGCUUACGUCAAAUUUCCUACCCGGGGCCCGGCCGGGCUGUUUGCGGAAACGAAAAAUUAAAUCUUAUGCCAAUAAAUAUGCACCAUGUACCAGGCAUGCUGCCCAAUUGUUUUUGGUCCGUUGUGUGUGUUCGUUGUCUUUUAUAUCAUACUUUUCGUUCCCGAAACUGCCCUUUGACGUGGAAAUGAUGACGACUGUCGUAAAAUCAUCACGACUUGAGCCGAAUCGCGGCACCGGCCGGAUCAGUCCAGAGAUGCUAAAUUUAGUGAUGACCCCUGGCGGGUCAGUUCCGGGGAUUUAUUCGUGACGGUCAACAGCUUCUGCCUGACUCCACUACCCACAAGGCGAGGAUAAGGUUCCACCAUUCCUUGUAGGUUGGCGACAUGAGUUUCCUCACAACACCACUGGACAACAAUGACGAUGGUUGCUCCAAGGUUAACAACAGAGAAGGCGCCUCUAUUGUUGACGAAAAUGGUCAUACUAUACUCCACAAGGCCGCAGAGAAGGGACAGUGUGAUAUCAUAGCCGCCUUACUUAAAGGUGGUGCGAGAGUCAAUAAACAGGACAAGUUGGGAAUGACAGCACUUCACUAUGCUACAGAGAAUGGUCACUGUGGAGCUAUAGAGCUGUUGUUGAACGGGGGCGCAGACAUUGGUGCAACGGACAAGAAAAAACGCACCUUACUCCACUGCGCUGCUGAGAACGGUAACAGUCAAGUGAUUGAGAUGUUGAUCAAAAGAGGCGCCGAAAUUGACGCCAGAGGUGAGAGAGAUUGCACUGCUCUACAUUGUGCUUCAAAGACGGGGAAUCGUGCUGUUGUUGGAGUCUUGUUGAACAACGGUGCAGAUAUCAGUGCUAAAGAUGAGGACGGUUGUACGGCGCUUCACUAUGCUGCUGAAGACGGGCAUUGCUCUGUUCUAGAGCUCCUUCUCGACCGAGGCGCGGACCUAGCCGAGAAACAGCGCAAGCACGGGUGGACGGCGCUGCACUGUGCCGCUAGGAAGGGACAGUGCGAAGCUGUGAGUCUGCUCUUGGAUAGAGGCGCGCAGGUGGACGAAAAGGACAACAACAACAGGACGGCACUUCUGCUGGCAGCUCACAGGCGCCCUCUUGCGAUGCGGCUGUUGUUGGCAAGAGGCGCGAAUGUGAACCAGAAGGGAAACUUUGGGCAGACCGCGCUCCACCUGUCCGCGUUAACAGGCUGCCUGGACGCCAUAAAUCUCUUGCUAGACCACGGUGCGGACGUGAACGCGAAGGACACCAAGGACUGGGCGGCAAUCGACUUCGCAGCCAUGAACGGCCACCUCGCUGCAAUACAACUAUUAUCCGCCAGAGGCGCUGAUCUGAACAGCUUCAACAAGGCGAUGCUCCACCACGCGGCGUACGGAGGCUACUGUGACGUCAUCAAGCUGUUACUGGACAGGGGUGCCGACGUCAACGGACGUCAGAACGGGAACCUGACCCCUCUCCAUGACGCAGCGACGUCAGGCCAUCACGACGCCAUUCACCUUCUACUUGAGCGAGGGGCGGAUCUAGAAGCUAAGGACGAUUCCAACACCACUCCGCUUGCACUAGCGUCACUCACCGACGCCGUCGACGCUUUCAAUCUGUUAUUGUCGCGCGGCGCUGACGUCAACGUCAAGAACAGCGAAGGCGUCACGCCAUUACAUCAUGCUGCGGCGUACGGGUCUUAUAACUACGUUGUCUGGCUGCUGGAGAGAGGUGCACACGUAAACGUACAGGACAACCUGGGCUUCACUCCGCUACACUACGGCGUGAAGGACUGGGGGUUAGUCGACAAGCUUCUUCGUAAAGGAGCUGAUGUUGAGAAGAGAACUAACCAAGGCCGCACGGCACUACAUCACGCCGCCCAUCCCUGCAUAGACAGUGUGGAGACCGUAGAACUGCUCCUCCUAGCGGGUGCAAACAGCGAGGCAGUCGACGAACGGGGCAAGAAACCGAUUGACCUCGCGGAACAGCACAGCAAAGUCAAACUGAUCCUAUCGAAUCAUAGAAAAUCUUACCCAAAUCUCCAGCGAUUGUGCCGCAUGUGGAUCAGAAACUUGUUUGGAAGAGGCGGCGAAGAUAAAGUGAACGCCCUCCCCCUUCCACCAUCUAUUAAGGACUAUUUACUAUUCAAGGGAAACAGACUGGUUAGCACACAUAUCUAAAGCUAUUUUAGUGAUUUUCAUGUUAAAUAUGAUCACUUCACUUUGUUUAAGUUAUUCAAAAUGAAUGAUAUAACAUAAGGUCCAAGUCAUUUUGCACACACAUUUAUGUUUUGGUGGUUUAUGCUGUGUUUAAUUUGUUGGUUGGGAGAAUAUAUUUAAACUAACAUUAUAUUAUGCUGCAAUUUGUAUAACGUUAUAUGUAACGUCAUUGUCUUGUACCCUGUGGGAUGCUGAAAGGACAAAGGACUCCGUCACCGCGCGGCCGUGAUGUUGUUCUGUACUGGUAAGCUGCGAGGUUUAUAUUAUAAGCCCGUCAACUCAGACAGCUGGCAGACGAGUGACGCGACACUGUCUAGUCUAAAAAUACCCUGUGCUGUCAUUGGUCAAAAGAAUGCACUUCUUCGAUUGGCUAUCUGAAAUAAUGAAAUUGUUUACAGCACACGACCAGGACCAAUGAUGCCUGAGGGAUGACUGAUUGCUUGACCAAUCACAGACCAGUAAUUAUUUUCACCUGUGUUGGACACACCUUUGUUCGUCUCCCCAGACCAUUUUCAUUUAAUUCUUUUACAACGUGAGACCGUAACUUUACCCGCGUCUUCUCACGGACUCGCACCGUAACCAGAAAUAUCUAACAUGCAUUGGCAUAAUACCGGCCGUAAGACUUAUACCGGCCGAUCAAAAA